GUAUAUCUGUACGCACCUUAAGAGCCGUUUUCGAGAUCCGGUGAAAUACAAACAUCUAAACAUAUGAACAGAAAUUGCUCGUUUAAUAGUAUAGGAUAGGAUAGUUAUCAGAGCUUUCACCAAAAUUCCCAAUCGUUUACAAAAAAUAAUCAUCAUCAAUCUUUUUACAUCUAACUGUUCCUACUCUCUAAUUGUACCGGUAUCAAACGUAGGUCUACAUCCAAGAAAACAUUCUCGACUAGGAAAAACCCAAUUGGAUUUCAAACUAAGCUCUAAACUGAAACUGGAUGGGUGGUAAUUGGCGGUUUUUUAUUUGGUACCGCAGUCGGCUAUCUAGGAGGGAGAACCACUUAAAUAUAUCCUCACAAAUGCAUAGCCAGCCGACUACAGAUUAGUUAGCACAUUCCAGUGUGAAGUUCUGUGAUACGGUCCAAACUGUGUAUCUCUUUGAUUAUAAUGGGGAUACACAAUUAUUAUUUGUUGGUUUCCUUAUCUUUGAUUGCCGCAGUCCAAUGUCAAUGGGCUGUAGAUGUGGCCCGUUUGGAAGCGCAAAAAUCGAGUGCCAAUAUCACCAAAAUACCAUUCAGUGAUGACUGCUUGGACUGCAUUUGUGAAACGAUCGACUGCACCAUGAUCAAUACAUGCAAGGGUGACUACUGCGGGCCUUUCUCCAUCACUAGGGUUUAUUGGAAGGACGCUGGAUACCCCACGGUUAUAUUUGACGAUAAGGAUUCGGAUGGAGCUUAUGAGAGAUGUGCUAACGACUUGGACUGUGCUAGACAAACUGUAAUAAAAUACAUGGAAACUCAUCCUUUUGACUGCAACAGCGACACCAUUAUCGAUUGCUCCGAUUACGGCGCGAUCCAUUUUGGUGGCAUCUAUAAAUGCAGGAGUCCCUUGUCGCCCGUCAUUGGAGCAAAGUUUUCCAGCUGUCUCAGCAGAAUGAAAAUCUAAAUCAAGAUGAUGCACUACCUAAGGUUCAAAGUGAACACAGUUAAGCAACAAAGGUAGAGGUAGCAGAGAAGGAGGCUGAGAGUGUUGGAAAGUACUAAAUUUAUUCAAAUGUAUCAGAAUAUAGUGGCUAGUCAAAGGCAGAGAGAAGCGGGGAUAUUUUUAUUAAUAUAUUAUAUUUAAUAUAUUUUAUUAAUAUAUUUAUUUAAUAU